AUGUUCUGCCGAAACGCACGAGUUGCUCUCAGGAGAACUACACUUCUGUCAGACCGUCUGGCUCGAGGCUAUCCUCAGAUCCAAACUAUGAUGUCUAGUGUGUCGAAGCACACCAAGGUAACCAGCGUGCAGACAAACGAGGCAUAUGCUCCUUUUGCCCAUUAUUCACAAGCGAUUAAAGCCGCCGGUCAAGUCUGGCUCUCCGGACAGAUACCCGCAGAUGCACAGGGAAACUUAAUCAAAGGAACUAUUGGCGAGCAGACUCAAGCUAUAAUCAAGAAUACCAAAGCUAUUUUGAAGGCAUCGGGCACUGGCUUAGACAGGGUUGUUAAAGUAGUCGUAUAUGUUAGAGACGUUAGUGUAAUGCCAGAAUUUGCAUCUGUUUACGAUGCUGCAUUCCCGCAUCGCCCUGCACGGUCUAUGGUUGAAGUGUCCAAGUUGCCCGCCGGGGUGGAUAUUCAGGUGGAUUUUAUUGCAGUCGUUUAG